UUAAUAAGUUAAUUAAGAUUAGACUUUAGGAUUAGCAUCUUGAGCCACACUCCUUCAGAAGGUGGCGGUGAUGCACACUUGCUAACUACCAAUUUAAAAGAAGAAGAAGAAGAAGUUGCUUCAAAUGGUAUUUCUGCGUGGAUUAUCCGAUACUUAAGUUGUUACUCGGUAACUAAAUGUAAGAGUAAGAAAUAGUUCUUAUACUUUACGUGGGACAAAUGUCAGUGGUGGCGGUCCAGUUGGGUCAGUGCGGCAACCAGAUCGGUUUGGAGCUGUUUGACAUCCUUUACAAUGACGCCCAGGGAGGAGAGAGGAAAACAUAUUGCACAGCUAGCUGUGAGCGCUUCUUCCAUCAAACUAAACAUGGAGACUUUCUUGCCAGGGCAGUGCUCAUCGACAUGGAGCCAAAAGUCAUCAAACAGAACUUCAGCAAGUCUGCAAGAUGCGGGAAGUGGAAAUAUGAUGACGCUUCAAGCUUCAACCAGCGACAAGGAUGUGGAAACAACUGGGCGAACGGUUAUUGUGUUCAAGGCCCUCGUCACAGAGAAAUGGUGGAAAACCUUAUGAGAAGAGAAGUGGAACGCUGUGACAGAUUGAGCGGAUUCAUGCCUGUGAUGAGUGUGGCGGGUGGGACUGGUUCCGGCGUGGGGACAUAUGUCACGCAGUGUCUACGAGAUUUGUACCCCAAAUCCUUCAUCGUCAACCACCUUACUUGGCCGUACGGGAAGGGGGAGGUGAUCGUCCAGAACUACAACGCUAUGCUAACACUGCAUCACCUAUACCAGCUCUCAGACGCCCUGCUGGUGCACGAGAACGACACCGUGCACAGGAUCUGCAGUCAGCUUCUUCACCUCAAAGAUAUCUCGAUAUCCGAUAUCAAUAAGGUCAUCGCUCAUCACCUGGGCGGCGUCCUGCAGCCUGCGCUUACUGCUGAUUCCUAUGGAGUCUACAGUAGGAAUCCCCUGGGUGAGUUUGUGAGCGCCCUCGUUUGCCACCCAGAGUACAAGCUUCUCAGCGUGAGCACCAUCCCUCAGAUGCACAGUUCCUCCAUAGCAUACAGCACCUUCAGAUGGCCUGCUCUGCUCAAACACCUGCGCCAGAUGCUCGUAUCCAACACUAAAAUGGAAGAAGGUAUAAACUGGCAUGUACGUCCACUGCCUGUGUCGGAGCGUACCCAAAGUCUUACUGGAUCCCGUUUUAACACCUCCCUGGCUAAUCUCCUCAUCCUGAGAGGGAAAGACGUGUUCACCUCAGAGACAGGAGACUUUGGGGAUGCGGCUCUUUACGCCUCAUGGCUGCCACCGAAAGAGGCUUUCAGCGUGUGGAAAUGUCCCGUGACAUUUAAUAAAUAUGAAAAAACGGCUACACUCGUCAGCAAUAGUCAAGCUCUGUUGGAACCGUUGGAUAACAUGGUGAAAAAAGCCUGGGAUAUGUUUGCCGCCAGAGCUUACAUCCAUCAGUACUCCAAGUAUGGCGUCUCAGAAGAGGAUUUCCUCAACGGCUUCACAUUUGUAGAGCAAAUAGUUUCCAGCUACAGUCAGCUGGGCUGCAAUGGAUAAAGCGCAGACUUACGGCUGAGGAUCCACAACUUCAGUCAGCUUACAGACCACUGUUGCCAUGCAGACUUAACAGCCAACACCAGUCUGAUAAGCUAGCUGAGGAGGUGGCUAAUUGGUGUCCAAGUCCAGGAAGGAGGCCCAAGAGGAGCCAUCACAUUGCAAAUCAACGUUAAGAUGGAUGCAAUUCACUUGUAUGGUCGCCACUCUGCUGUUGACUUACCUGACAAGACGAUCAGUUCAAGGAUCCUAAGCAUUUACAAUCAAGCCAAUGACAGACUCCAACUUGGAUACCAUGAUUUGCAUGUUUUAUGUAUGCUCCAAUCCAAAAGGGCCAAACUAAUAUUAGAUAAGAGAAAUGGGACUAGUUUUAAGUACAGUGUCACUACAAACAAUGUUACUCCUUGUUUGGAUUUAAAGUAAAUCCCGCUUGCGUAUUGUUAGAAUAUAAAUACACGUAUGCAUAAUGUCCAAGAUCUACACAAUGUUAAAACCAUCAACAACAUGUUUUACAUCGAUAUUGCUUUUUCCUUUUUUUCCCCCCGGAGCUAUGAUCUUAAGUCUAAUCGGUCAGAAACAAGCCCUGAAAAGUGACUCAGAGCACGUAUAAGCAGUUAUCCUAAUUACAAACAAAAUCAAUAGUUAUUCAUACAGAAAUGUUACAAAAUUAAAUAUUAAGUCGAGAACUAUUUCCGAGGGAGAAAUUCCCAGCUUUUCAUAAGGCAUAGCGUCUAAUAGGCAGUGCUAUUACUACCUGACCGCUGCUUCAUUUUGAGAUCAGAUAACGGAAUCAUCGGAAAGUAAGACCAUCGAAUCAGCAGGAGAAUCAGGGAUUCUGUACACACCAAAGAGAAGGAGACGAUAACUACAAAAGAAAGUGAGGACAAAUGAUUUAAAACAGCACACACGCACAGAGCGGACAAAAGUCUUGAUUUUGAGUAAGUCGGCCUCUGAGCAUGGACGUGAAGAUGUUUGUUUCUAAGUGAGUGCACGCCGCCGAACGGCCGCAGCAAUCACUUCCUUGGGUAUUUUCAUACCGUUUCCUCAAAUUCACUUGGUCUUCUCUUCUGAGUGCUUCUGCUGCUGCAGGCGCUUGGCAUAGGUCUGAGCCAUCGAGUGGACGAUGGAGAUGACAAAGUAGCAGACCAUGACCAGCACCAGCUUCUCAAACAGCCAUGACAGCCAGUUCUCAUCCUGGAAAGUCAAUAGAUGGUUAGAGUUAAUUAUCGUUAUUGGUGGCUUACAGAUGAAGCGUCCAAAUGCAAGUAGCAGUCAUAUAUGAAUCCAAAGCUUACAAUGAAUAUAAAUAAUAUGGAGGUGUUUGCUAGCUGAUGGGAAAAUAUCCCAUAUUCCUGAACUGCAGCACACAAAAUGGCUACAAUUUGUCAAAAUAAGAAACAUCAACUCUAACUUUGCAGUGUUUGGCUGAAACACUAUGAAAUUUGGUACAUAUCUUUGGGGGACUGAUAAGCACACAUCUGUAAAAUUUGAGGAAAAACUGGUUGAAAAAUAUGUCCACCAUCAGGUAAAAUGUUUCAGAAUCAUGAGUGGGACUUUGCAACUAAUUGCCCAUAAGUCAUUGAGCAUUUGUGUAAUGACUAUAAAACUUCCAAAGCAUAUUUAAUACAAACCAUAGGAAGCACCACUAAAAUAUUCAAUCCAAAUUGCAUUAAAAUCAUCAAAAAGUGCAGAGUUUACCAUAUUGUAGUGUACCAUAGUAUUAUUCAACUGCAAAUGAGUUAUCUACCUGGUGAUGCUUUGGCAGUUUGCUGCUUAUUUAUGGUCUUGCUACCUUUACUUCAUGAUCUUGAUUGUUCUAUUUCAAAUCCACCAUAAAAUGCAAAAAUCAUAAAAACCCAAAACUGUUUUAAGUACCUCUGGAGCAAACUAUACACUGGAAGUCAUGAGUUUGCCAUCUAAAUGCA